AGCAAAUUUCUAUAAUCAGAAAAACAGGAACAUGUUGAUUGUGCUAGAUAAUAAAAUCAUUUCAUAGAGAUAAUGUUGACGGAGGAAACUUCAGAAACAGCGAGAAAAGUUCUGCAAAACCGUUUACAGUGGUGUGCUGACGUUAACCGAAUGUUACGAGUCUUUUAACUCAUCCAAGAACAGGUGGUGGGACGAUGAGGAUCCUUUAAACAUCUUUGGGAGGCUAGUUAACGGAACAACAGAGGACCCGAACAGCACAUCGCCCAAUCCCACAGAGCCUAUCCUCCAGCCAGUGUUGGCACCGUUCAAGCUCUGGCAAACGGUCUUAAUCGCCAUCAGCCUCGGCAUUUGCAUCAUACUGACGGUCUCCGGCAACAUCCUGGUACUGCUCGCUUUCAUCGUCGACAGAAACAUCAGACAGCCUAGUAAUUAUUUCAUCGCGUCAUUGGCCUGUACGGAUAUGCUUAUAGGUACCGUCUCGAUGCCAUUCUACACAGUCUACGUCCUGAUGGGCUACUGGAACCUGGGUCCCUUACUGUGCGACCUGUGGCUCUCCGUGGACUACACUGUAUGCCUGGUGUCACAGUAUACGGUGCUGCUGAUCACCGUGGAUCGGUUUUGUUCGGUGAAGAUAGCCGCGAGGUAUCGCAGUUGGCGGACUAAGCAAAAAGUGGUGUGGAUGGUGACCAUUACGUGGAUAGUACCGGCGUUGCUCUUCUUCAUCAGUAUCUUCGGGUGGGAACAUUUCACUGGAUACAGAGACCUGCAACCAGGAGAGUGUGCUGUACAGUUUUUGAAAGAUCCGGUUUUUAAUACUGCGUUAAUUAUUAGCUAUUAUUGGACGACGUUGAUCGUCCUUUUUAUUUUAUAUGGAGGAAUUUACAAGACUGCCUUCGAUAUGCAGAAGAAAAGCGAAGCGAAGCAGCGCAAGAUGCAAUCAAUGGUGGCGCUGAGCGCGGGCGCCAUGAGCGGAAUGGUGGGAAGGGCCGCAGGAGUUGGAUUGGCAGGAAAACCUGGAGCUAACCCUUUGCUGGACGUAAUGACCUCGGAUGGGAAAGUGCAGCAGUCAGCGCCGACCGCUGGUCAGCAUGCCAGGGAGAAUAAGCAAACAAGUGGCGAAAGGAAAACACUAACAGUGUCUGAAUCAUAUCAAGCUGCUGGGUCAGGUGACUCAAAUUCUAGUCAAAAGACGACUGGAUCAAUAAAGAACAGCACAACCACUACCACAACUACCACAACUACUGCGACAGCUAGCGAGAAGAAAAACUUGACUCUGCCAGCAGGAAAACCUCCUCCACCUGACAAUGCGACGGACAAAUCCGAGCGCUCAAGCAGUCCAGCUUUUGACUCAGAUGAAGACAGCACGGCGCCUGCUGUCCAAGAGAACAAACCUCAAGUAACGACAUCUGGAGGCAAGAAGAGGACUUCCGUGGUGGGACUGAUGAUGCAGUCCAGUGCUCCGCUGUUUUUAGCCAACCGCGUCAACGGGGAUAUCUCCCCCGCCAAGAUCCCAUUGAAUUCCGUAUCAGAAAGAUGUCGGGAGCCAACGCCGAAACCAGAGAAGCAACCUUUGGUCCGAAUAAGUGAGCGUGACUCUCCGUCUUCAGAAGAUCAGCCCUCAAAGUCAUCAGCACAACUGCCACAAGCCAAAACGGUACGUGGUACCAGCCGCCCUAACCUCCCAACAAAUCACCCCAUUGUAAAUAGUAGAAGUUACGACAGCUCAUUACAACCCUAUGUAGAUAGUAAGCGACCUCCCCCGUGUACCUUAAUGCUCAAAGCUCAAUCCACUUACGACCUCCUGCUUGGCUUGGACGGAGCCGACCUCCGCUUCAUGGACGAAAGCUCAGUUGUAGUACCUUCCCCUACAUGUGAAACCCCACCGGAAGCACCAACUAACCCGUGCAAUACACAGCAGGAGCCGCCCAGAAGCAAGCUGCAGACAGAGGUCAAAAUAAGCUGCGACCGACCUGUGACGUCAGUGGUUAACGAGGCUUCCAGAGACACGAUUGGGACUGAGCCUAGUUCGCCUUGUCAAGGGGGGAUUUCCGCCAUCAGUCAGACAGGUAACACCGCCCUACCCCAAGUGAGCAAUAGUAAUACGAACUUUUGCAAGGCAGACUCGACAGAUAACCCCAAGAAGGUCUUCGUGAAGUCUAUUGGAAAAAGGCUCAAAGGCGGGAAGAAAGCGAUUGGACCUUUGGGAGCCUUCGGAAGCCGUCAGAAAUCUAAAUCAGAAAAUAGAGCCAGGAAGGCUCUCAGGACGAUCUCCUUCAUCUUAGGAGCGUUCGUGGUGUGUUGGACACCAUACCACAUUGUAGCUUUGGUUGAAGGCUUUUGUACUAAUCCGCCAUGUAUCAAUAGUCAUUUGUAUAUGUUUUUCUACUUUUUGUGCUACGCGAAUAGUCCUUUGAACCCGUUUUGUUAUGCGCUAGCGAAUCAGCAAUUCAAAAAGACCUUUACGAGGAUUUUGAAGGGCGAUUUUCAUAUGACUUAAUUACGGAAGCUCACGCUUUGUCAACUUGAUUUUCAGGGUAAUAUAUUCAAAAUCACUUAACAAUACUUAAGCUUCUAUACACAGAUCGAAUUCAUUUCUGCACAUAAAAUACCAUGACGAAGUCUAUAGUAUUUCAAGUCCGCUUGCCUGAUACGAAAAUACACUUUAGUUUUAAUUAAUUCCAGAAACUAAAAUUGAUGCAGUAUUACUCUGAAAAACAUGCUAGUGGCGGUUAUGACCUGUAAGAUGGUUUUCGGUGGAUAUUGCAAAAAAUGAUUUUAAUUAUACUUAAUUAACCAUCUUAAAGAUCAUUUCAAAGCGAUAUCUUUGAACAAUAAUGAUUUUCGAUAGUAGAAUGGUGAAAUGAGGUUCAGUUUAAUUGGUCAAACUGUCAAAGAUUGCAAAGUAGAUAGGAAUAAAGUAGAGAUGGACGGUAGAUAUAUGCUUUUACGUACAAUAGAAGAAUAACAAUAAUUAGAAAUAAGAAGAAUGUAUGUGCUUCCCAUUUCCAUGUAUUGCCUUAGAAAAAUUCAGUAUGUUUUUUAGAAAAUCGAUUCCUGUUACUUUGAAGAACCUUCGGAGCAUUCUAGUGUCUUAAAUCGUCAAUAAUUUAUGAAAUCUCAUUUUUUACCCACACGUCCUGUAAGCUUUUAUCUAUAAAUAGUGUGGCGUGUAGCUCAUUAUUUCCAGCAUUCCAGAGUUUAUGUACUUUAUAUAACGAUUUUGUGGGCUGAUGUAUCUCUUGGUGGUGCCUGCAAGAGAUUUUUGUCACAAAAAAUAUAAAACUACGUGUAUCUUUGGGUGUCACAGAACGACACCCAAUUGAACUCAGUAAUAUUGCAUUCCAAAAGUGUCAGUUUUUCUUAUGGCUCUUCUACAAAAUUUCUUCCAUUUUCUUUUUUGUAGUUGUUGGUAUACAAAAAUACACUGCUAGCAAAUGAAAGAGCUUGUGUAGUCUACAAAAUGAUACAAUUUUACUAAAGACAAUUUGGAAUUUGUAAGUGGAUAGAAACAUUUGUGUUGUAUGGCGAUCAUAUAUGAAUUGUCUUUCCUAAAAUAUAUCACGAAAAAUGAUUAUAAUUGUAUAGUCAAUACUCAGCUAUGUUAGUUGACUGGGAAUUCUGCUGGGAUUUUCUAAUAAUAUACAUUUUUAUGUCACAGCGGCAUUGCUAGAAUUUAGAUGAUUGCGUAACGUUCCGUAAAAAAACGGCGAUAAGUAAAAAUCAAUAAUUUUAAUAUUAUAAGGGACAAUAAUAGGCAAUUCCGAAUUAAGUAAUUGUUAAUGUCUGUCUUUGACAAAACUCAGCACAAAUUUCACUCGGCUCUGAAAAAUAUUUAUAAUCAAAUUAGAAUACUGACAUGUCAAUAUAAAGAAGUAGGACUAUUUUGGAGUCGACUAAACUUUUAGCUGUAGUCAAUGACAGGCAGGGAAGAUAAUAACUCUAACAUCUAUACACUAUUAAGUUUUCUGUACCUACAAGUAGGAUCUAGAAGAUUUUCGUUGACAUAUCGUCCGAGCCUGAGAAAUAUAACAUACCUUCAAGAUUGCGAGGAUCUCGCUAUUUAUUUCUCACUACUCACUAUUUGAUAUGAAGGUUUAUUUUAGCUGAAGUACUUGAAAUGCAUGGCCAUACACUCUAAUGUUGGCUUGUUUGAAGGUGGUUACCGCCUAGAGUUGACAGACAAUUUUCAAAAAGUGAGCAGCUUCUUCGCCAAUAAGUUUAUUUUUUGUUUUAGUCAGGAGUAUUAGGAAUGAAGAAGUAUGCAAUAUUUUUGGGCUGCGGUUCUUAAAUAUACGUAGGAGAAUAGUGUAUGGAUGAAACACGCUGUAAUAUAUUUGUAAUAAACUAGAUGUUAAGUGUAUAUUAUAGAAAUGUAUUUGCUUUGAUGUACAAAAGUGCAAGGUAGGGUUGCUGUAGAUGAGCCCCUACAACAUCCCUAUAUAAACUUUGGCGAAAUAAAAUCAUUGUUUUCUA